AUGAGAGCUCGCUCAAGUUCUGUCACCGUGUUGUACGAUAAGAGACAUCGGAAUGGUGUCUCCCUGGACCGAAACAACAAUUACGCCGCCCGUGAAGUUGAGAAGCAGCCCAGAAUGGUUCACACCUCGUCGCGUCACGUCAACGAGGGAUUUUUUGGGGUCUCCAAAUGGAUUCAACGUGUUGACGGGCGUCAAGACAUCGAAAAGCACUACGAGAUUGGUGUUGUUAUCGGGAAAGGCAACUUUUCGAGUGUCCAUUUGACGAAACGAAAGGAGGAUGGCACCAAGUGUGCGUUGAAGCAAGUGGAGAAGCGUGCGAUGCGCGGAAAAUGCUUUUUUGUGGACAAUGAAGUGGAGAUGCUCUCGUUGAUUCAACACGAUCACAUUAUAUCGAUUAUUGAUGCGUUUAGUACGGAGAAUCAGUACUUUAUUGUUUUUGAGCAUGCACAGUACGGUGACCUCUACGAGACCAUCCGCAAAAAUGGGCGCAUCGAGGAACCCGACGCCGCUAUCAUCACUCUCCAAGUGGCCUCUGCCCUCACUUAUCUUCACGAGCGAAACGUCGUUCAUCGAGAUGUGAAACCUGAAAACUUACUCCUCGUCGACAAGUUCAGUGUGAAACUCUGCGAUUUUGGACUGGCUUGUCACGUCCUGGGACCCCUCUACCGUAUCUGCGGAACGCCUACAUAUUGUGCUCCAGAAGUUCUUCGAGAGACCGGAUACUCAACUCUAUGUGAUAUCUGGUCCCUUGGAGUUGUUCUGUAUGUCAUGUUAGUCGGUUAUGCUCCGUUUCGUGCUCCAGAUCAAACCAGAUUGUUCAAACUUAUAAUGCAAGCGAAACCAAAUAUGGAUAUGCCAGAGUGGAAGGGUAUUUCAAUGAAAGCAAAAGAUCUAGUAUCCCGUCUGAUGAACAAAAGUGAGGAUCGUCGUCCUCUUGCCUCACAAAUCGUCUCUCAUCCAUGGAUCGCUCCGUUCACAAUGGACAAUAUUGACGACGAAUGA